UCCUUAGUUGUGAGUCAGAAGAGAAGAGGCCGGGCUGAUGACAAGCAUGACAUUGAGCCAAGCCACAGAUGCAUGUCCACUCAAAAGGCCCAACUGAGCGCCAUCCCCUCUGCUUCCCGGCUUUCACUCGGCCUCUCAGGGGGGGGGUGUCUAGUCUCCUGCAACCCCCAAGUAGAACCUCAUCGUGAAACUGGAGGUCUCUGAUGGAUCAGGGUAGUAGCGAGCAGAGUCCAGAGGAGCCAGAUGCAGGAGGCCGAGCGGAUCCUGAGGUCGGCAGGAGGGCAUCGGAGUCAGAGCACGGCUUGUCCAAAAUCACCCACAAUGCCCUGGAGAACAUGGGAGCGUUGGGCCAUGGCCUGAAGCAGUUCUUCCAGCCACAGCGCCGACGCUCCUCCGUUUCCCCGCAUGACUCCGCCGUGUCCUGCACGAGCGCCCCUCCCUCCGAACCCACCGAUGUUGGGUCAGAAGUGGGGGACGCUCCCGCCUCCUUGGCCCUGCCUUUGGAUUCUGACAACGCUGCUGCUUCCGCCCCUCCCGCAGCUCUGAGCCGUGUUCUGCAGCAGAUCCGAGGUCCGCCGAUGAUGAAGCGAGGCACCAGCCUGCAGAGCCGCCGCAACAAGGCGGGGGCCCCUGGUGAUCCUCCCCAGAAAGGAAGCCCGCAGAUCCACAGGCGGAGCACUCACGAGGCUCUGCUGCAGGCUGGACGCCCACGCUCAUCCUCUACCACGGAUACACCCACCAGUCCAGCCCUGGCGGACAUGUUGCUGACCUCUGGAUACCACUCCACUGAGGAGCCAGACAAGCUGGAUCGUUGUGAUGGAUCAGGCCCUGCUGUGUCCCCCAGUGCCCUCUCUUAUGGCACUGAAGGGUACGAUGUGGUUGACAAUACACCAGACCCCCAGCGUACCAAGCAGGCCAUCGCACAGUUGCAGCAGAAGAUCCUGAAGCUCACAGAACAAAUCAAGAUCGAACAAACCGCUCGUGACGACAACGUGGCCGAAUACCUGAAGCUUGCCAAUAAUGCAGACAAACAACAGAGUGCACGCAUCAAACAGGUGUUUGAGAAGAAGAACCAAAAGUCUGCUCAGACUAUCCAGCAGCUGCAGAGGAAGCUCGAGCACUACCAUCGGAAACUUCGUGAGGUGGAGCACAACGGUAUCCCUCGCCAGCCCAAAGAUGUUUUAAGAGACAUGCACCAGGGGCUAAAAGAUGUUGGAGCUAAGGUCACGGGAGGCCUGUCCAGCAUCUCCCAAGCCACUCAUUCUGCAGCUGGAGCUGUGGUAUCCAAGCCAAGGGAGAUAGCCUCCCUCAUUCGCAACAAGUUUGGGAGCGCAGACAACAUCGCAGCUCUGAAAGACUCUUUGGAUGAAGCGCAGGGAGAGGAAGGUGUCAGUCCUGGGGGAUCAAGGCCUCUGGGGACAGGACAGUUACAAUCCAGCCCAAAGUAUGGUAGUGAAGAUGACUGUUCUAGUGCUACUUCUGGUUCUGCAGGAGCUAACAGCACCCCUGGAGCCCCUGGAGGUCCUCCUAGCUCUAGGGGAAUUACUCUUGAUCCACAAGCCUCAGGCUUCGAUGCCAUACUUCAUGAGAUCCAAGAACUCCGGGAUAACCAGGGUCGACUAGAAGAGUCCUUUGAAAAUUUGAAAUCUCACUAUCAGCGGGACUACACCAUGAUCAUGGAGGCCUUACAAGAGGAGCGGUACAGGUGUGAACGCUUAGAGGAACAACUCAACGACUUGACAGAACUGCACCAGAAUGAAAUUCUUAACCUCAAACAGGAGCUAGCUAGCAUGGAGGAGAAGAUCGCCUACCAGUCCUACGAAAGAGCGAGGGACAUCCAGGAGGCGCUAGAGGCUUGUCAGACACGCAUCUCCAAGAUGGAGCUGCAGCAGCAGCAGCAGCAGGUGGUGCAGCUGGAGGGGUUGGAGAACGCCACAGCACGGACUCUUCUCGGAAAAUUAAUCAACGUGCUGCUAGCUGUCAUGGCCGUCCUUUUGGUGUUCGUGUCCACCGUGGCCAACUGUGUCGUCCCCUUGAUGAAAACCCGCAGCCGCACACUUUCUACUGUACUUCUUGUAAUCCUGCUCGCCUUCCUGUGGAGGCACUGGGACGCCAUUUCAGAGUAUCUGCAUCGCUUCCUUCUGCACCCCAGAUGACCUGCUAUGAAAGACGAAUUGGAACAAUGAAGGGACUUGGGCUUUGAGACUGAAACUUAAAGGGAGGACCUAUACAGGAAGUUGUCUACUACACUCAGGAGUGUAUCAGAGGUUUUGUCACUUUACCACUUUCUGAGCUGCGUGUUGGGAAGAAUCAAAGAAGAAACGGUCUGGAUGGUUGACAGACGGUGGCACAAGCACAUGCUGUAGGAGUGAAUGGAGCGUAGU